AUGCCUCGACCCCGACGAGAAAUGACGCCUGACGAGGAGUACUCUCGCAAACUGUCGUACAUCUUGCGACACGGCGCCACCAAGGAAAAGCUGCCCAUUCGAGAAGACGGAUACUUGUCUGUAGGUGUGCUGCUCAAUAGAGCUGGAAUCAAGGGGAAAUGGAACCUGGAAGACACCAAGCGGGUUGUGCGAGAUAACGACAAACAGAGAUACAAGCUCAUCUUUGAGCCCACAGAAAAACAGCCCAAAGAACCCACAGACCCCAACGAUUGCACGGGAUACUGGAUCAGAGCUAACCAGGGACACACUAUCAACACCAAGGUCGAGAUGAAGGCUCUCAAGACCCCCGAGGACUUCCCCACUCUUGAGAUCUUCCACGCCACCUCGAAACAGGUGCUUCCCAUUGUACUUAAGGAAGGAUUGUCCAAGAUGAAACGUCAACAUAUCCAUUUGGCUACCGAUCUAGUCACCGAAGGAGGCUCUGUGGCUGGAAAGCGACUUAACAGAGAGGUGUUCAUUUACAUCAAUGUUCCCAAGGCUCUGGAGGCCGGAAUCGAAUUCUUCCUGUCUGAAAAUGGUGUUGUCUUGACUGAGGGUAAGGAUGGAAAGAUCUCUCGAGAGUUCUUCAGUAAGAUUCUGGACAAGAAUAACCAGCCGGUUGACUUGGAGGCGUUGGCAUAG